GGGCGCUAGGUAGUUGCAAGGUCGUUAAAUGUGUGCAGGUAAAGAAAACGUCUUUCUAUACUGUUGUGUGCGAUUGCUGGAGUGGCUUUCACUUUUGCUACGACUACGUUCGAGCUUCGAUCAAUUUUGAAUACGGAUCGAAGUAUGGCAGUAAAUUCUUUCAUCUUUAUGUGUAUUUCCCUUUUAAUUUCUUUGGUCACAAAUGGAAUCGCCUAUGAUCCGAAUGACAAAUCGCUUAAGGAUAUUCUGCUACCAGAAGGUCAAUUUGAGGCAUUCUAUCUAAAAGGAUCACAGGAUCAGGAACAGAACGCAGUAAGGCCUCCGCAUCUACACGGCUCCUUUCAUCAGUACAAAAACCCUGCUCUAGUUGGCGCACCGAACAGCGCCGCCUAUGGUUUUCGUUUCGAUGGAAAGCGUCGUUUUAAUUACAAUUAAGUGGAUUUAUUGGAUUUACGAAUUUGAAGUUUAUCUUACAAUAAAGUUUCACACCACUUAAACAAUUGUAUUAUGCAUUGUUAUAAAUGUUAUUAUUUAUUAAGUUAAAACGAAUUUCUCGAUUAGAUUUUCUCCAAAUAUAUAGGAAUAAUAGGAAAAUUUUGAAAAAUAUAAUUAUUCUCUAUGGCAAAUAGCAAUUAAAAUUGUACUAAUUAGAAAAAAUUUAACAAGGAACUUUUCAUUCGAGCACUAUAUGAAUAUGUAUAUAUAUAUAGAAAUAUUAUGAAACGGUAUUUUUUAUAUGUAUUACACCUGAACUUUCAAUAAUUAAAAAACAAAUUAAUUAUAAAUCAAAUUUUGUACAAAAUGCACAUAAUUAUGUAUCACAUCGCAUGUUCCAGAGUGAUUUAGAGACAUGUGAAAUGCACAAUUCAUUUCGCAAUAAAAAGGAUAUCCUAUA